UCUCUCUCUCUCUGACACUGGGCUGGAAAAGUAGUCAUUACAGGCCUGGUUAAAGAAUUAGCAGUAACAUAUGGAGGGUAGACCAUUAUCUAGGACAGCCAUGUGUCCGUCAGUGUUUAACCGAGUCACCAAAAUAAUGUCAAACCCUCCAUCAUCCAAUGAGGAGAGAACCCUGGACCUGUCAAUCUCUGCCAGGAUGGCGAGCCUUGUGGCUCUGCGAUCGUGAAUAGAGUAGUUACCUAUAGGGAAGGAUACCUGUGCUUCGACACAUUCCUUCAUUCCUUUUCUCUCAUUCACCAUCUAGCGUUAUAUCAUCUUCCCUCUCUCACUCACCAUCCUCUCACUUCCAAUUCCUGCCCUCCGCACCCCUCCACCCCCUCGGCGUGGUGGUUACAAGAGCGCGCUGCCACCUCCUCAGCGCCAGUCUCCCGUGAGUCGGCACCAUGUCCAAAACAGAAGGGCUCUCUACAGUCCCCACCACCACUGCAGCUCCUUUCACCACCCUCGUCAAUAUCAUUAUAUUGAUGACUUUCCUAGCGCCCCACGUGUCCCCUGCCCAUCUCCUGAUCAGUCCACGGCCUCACUAUAUUGAAGAGAUACGACCUGUCUUACCCACCAAUGGCCCGUUCAUGGUACAGCAGCAGCAGCAGCAGCAGCAGCCACUUCUGGAAGCCGCCCCGCUACAGGUGCAGGAGCCACGGAAGCGUGCUGCCAUAGUCUUGGACAAGUUGAUGUUUGCUCUCCAAAAGGCCUUGGAUGAGCCCUCCUCCCCAUCCCAUCCACAGUCUGCUCCUCUGCCCCCCAGAACACCUUCUUAUACAGGACCCCUUGAUCUGCAGCGCCGUGGUAAUGGUGAUGGUCGCCUGUAUUGGAGGUGCUACUUCAAUGCUGUGUCUUGCUUCUAAGUCACCAUCAGUAUCUACCCUUAAAGGAAUCCCACAGGACAACCGCAGAACAUAAUUAUGUCAAGAUCAUCCAAGGAAAGACAAAACAGUAUCCAUUUGCAUAGCAGAGAUGACUUUGACAUCAUAACCAUUCCAGCAUGGUUACCAAUUUCUAUUAAAGAUGGUUAUCUUUGUGAACAAUGGAGACCAGUCUGAGGGAACUUUAUGAGAAAAUCUCCUCUACAAUGGAAGAAGAUUAAUUGCAACCAAAUUACGAAGUGAAGUAAGAACAUUAAAUGUGGCUAAUGAUAAAAGAAAUAUAAUUCAAACAACACAGCAAAUACUGAGCUGAUUAGAGUAGAUUGAAUCUUUUUGUGGGAAUAACUUGGCAAAAACAACGUAACACACACACACACACACACACACACACACACACACACACACACACACACACACACACACACACACACACACACACACACACACACACACACACACACAACAGAAAUAUGAUGAGAAAAAUAAUCACUACAAUAACAAGACCAAGAUUGGAUUAAGCAGCAGCUGUCUAAUCUGCAUACAAGAAAAAUGUAAAAAAGCUAGAAAGAAUAUGAAAAUAGUGUUAGAAUUCGAGAAUUAAGUUAGAAAAAUAGGUCUAUAACAGGAGGUAGAGAGAAUUUGAGAACUAUCAAUAAGUUGGUGAAAUAAAAUGGAAAAAGCAGAUAAUGAGAAACUUACUAAAAGAGACAAGCAAUCAAAAAAGUAGAAAGUUGAGAAAAGGAAGACAAGAAAAGUUUUACACAAAGAUACAUUGAAGUUUAGAAUGGACUUGAGGAAGAGAGAGCUUUGGUGACAAAUGUGCACAAACUAAAGGAAAAAUUAGACAUUUAUAGAUAUAGGGGUGGGCUCAUGAGUGUAGCUCAGGCCCUGUAAACUACAGCUAGGUAAAUACGUACAUGCAAUUGCAAUGCUAUCUUCAUUUGAUAUACUAUAUACCAGCAUGUAUGAAGACUGCUACCAUUAAUUUGGUCAAGGUGUAUGAACAUCCUUGUCAAAUUGACGUGCAAAUAUGCAGAUAAAAUCACAAUCCUGAUGCACCACCAACAUUUGAAGGCAUGUAACAGAAUUCGGUUUCAAUAACUUUUUUUUUUUUUUGCAAUAGUUUUGUUACCUGAGUAUUUACGUGUGAACAUGGUAACAUGGUUGUACUUUCACUAUUCAAUGGUUUGAAUAUUGCUAUUGUUGUUAUCAUCAUCAUUAUUAUUAUUAUUAUUAUUAUUAUUAUUAUUAUUAUUAUUAUUAUUAUUAUUAUUAUAUCAUCAUCAUCAUCAUCAUCAUUAUUAUUAUUUUCAUCACUAUACAACAAAUCAACAUUGUGCUGGUUCCAAAGCCUUUCCUGAAAUCUGUACUUUGUAAGAUACUGAUUUAUUUGUAUGUAAAUAAUCCAGCACCUAAUAAGUAAAUAUUACUUAUGUCUGGAAUACAAAGUCAACUUACAACACGUUUUAGAGCAAGACAGUAAUGCUUGUGACAAGUGUUAUGAUGUUUGCAUAUCUUCAUGAAGUAAAUUUAUUGUAACAUCAACAACUAAUUGAUGAAAACCAUAUCCCUCGACUCAGUAAUGAUAUAAACAAUAUGUAUCACAUGAUUACCACUGAAAUAGUGGGUAAGAUUUUUUACACUUUAGACAGAUCUUACAGGUUGUGGCUUUGAUAAGUUAUAUAUGUCUGGUAAUAGGUCUAUGUAAACCAUAUUGUUUUCAUUCAAGACAAAUAUAUUUUUUGAGCCAGCCAUGGUGCCAAACUUCAGUUCCUUAACACCCACAUGUAGGUAAAUGAAGUGAUGAAGUAAUACUGUUUUUAGUUAGGCAACACAAGCUAACACUGUAUUUAAAUCAAUCCUUUGAUGAUAUCUUAAUUUGGUUGUUGCACUUGAAGUUCAUCGACAUACAAGACAAAUUUUGUGGUGGGUCUUGCAUGUUCUAGUCUGCAGCUAGACUGCCAUUGUAUGUGGUACUACGUAUAUACUAAUGGCAGUGACAUGUUUCCUUGUAUGCUUCUCCCUCUUGAUCUCAACCUUAACACUAACCAAUAAAUGUAUAACUAACAGUUA